AUGAGUUCAAACAAUCCCUUCCAGAAUGGCCACGCUGGCCCCAGCAGCAGCAGCAGCGGUAGCGGGUCUUCCGCCACACGAUCCACCGGUCGACCGCAGUACAUGACAGUCGGCUCAGGUUCGACGUCGGAAAGCGCAGCGCGGCUGCAGGCGAUACUGGACGAGGACUCAGGCUACGGAGGAAGCAUCACGGGCGAUGACACGACGGAGAAUGUCUGGCACCCUGGUCCAACCUCAGAUCGAUUCACACCCGAGCACACUCCAGUCAGGCCGGGGGAAACAAACCCUGCUUCGGAGCAUGAGCGCAAAGCACUCGCGAGCCAUGUGCAUCAGCUCUACUACAACCAGAACCGGACAGCGCUGGGGCGGGCGAUCAACCAGACGGUGGAGACGCUGAAGAAGCUGCAGGAGAUGAAUGCGAAAUGGCCGGCGCAUUACCCUACAGUACAGCGACCACCCUCUCCGCCGCCUGCGAAAGCGACCGUACGACCGGGACUUUCGCACACUCGCACAACCCGAGACCUGGAUGAUGUGGUGCCCACGCCCAGACCUGGACUACCCAGGAGAGCUGGCAUGUCUGUCGGCGAGCAUCAAUUUGGCGAAGCCGAGGAGGAUGCUGCGCAACAGGAACCAAAAGUGCCGGAACCACGUUUAGUGACGCCACAGCUGGCACAGGACUUCUCUGUGCUGAAGAUCGAGCUGAAGAUGGAGGGUCUUGCACAAUCCGAUAUUGUCCAUUCGCUCGAAAAGCAAUCUGUGGCAGCGCUAUUGGACAACCAGAUCAACAAGGGCAUACGGCAUCUGUUUGCGCUGAGAGAGCGAAUUGAGGAUACUUCGAGUAAGGUGCUUGUGACUGGAGACUUGAAUGCCGGGAAAUCGACGUUUUGUAACGCGUUGCUGCGACGGAAAAUACUGCCGGAGGACCAACAGCCAUGCACGAGUAUCUUCUGCGAGGUUCUGGACUGCCGCGAGAAUGGAAGUGUAGAGGAGGUCCACGCAAUCCCACACGGAAUCGUCUACAACCGCAACGACGAAAGCACAUACAGCGUCUUCGCACUCAAGCAGCUGGAGGACAUUGUUAUUGACAGCGACCGAUGGUCAAUGUGCAAGAUUUACAUCAAGGAUGUUCGAGCAGUUGACCAAUCACUACUCAACAACGGCGUUGUCGACAUUGCGCUGAUUGAUGCGCCAGGCUUGAACAACGACUCGCUGAAGACCACCGCCGUCUUUGCUCGCCAAGAGGAAAUCGACGUCGUGGUGUUUGUUGUGUCAGCCGCCAAUCACUUCACUCUAUCUGCAAAGGAGUUUAUCUUCAACGCAGCACGAGAAAAGGCGUACAUGUUCAUGGUCGUGAAUGGCUAUGAUCAAAUCCGGGACAAGAAUCGCUGCCAGGAAAUGAUUCUCAAGCAGGUCGCACACCUCAGUCCUGCCACUUUCAAGGAAUCCUCCGAGCUUGUGCACUUUGUCUCAAGUAAUGCAAUCCCAGUGGCACCAGCUCCGGACGGGCCACCAGGAGGUUCUGGAGGUGAAGGGGGUUCUGGAUCGUACUCUGAGAACGGGUUUGAUCAGCCAGGCAAAGACAAUGGCGACGAUGAGCCCAGUGGUAGGCACGGUGAGCCCGGCGCUGAUCCUAGGAAAAAAGGCAAAGGCAAGGAGAAGGAAGCCCAAGACGACUUCAACGAACUGGAAGCAUCGCUACGGCGUUUCGUGCUCGAAAAGCGUGCUCGCUCGAAGCUUGCGCCCGCAAAGACAUAUCUGAUGAAUGUAUUGGGCGAUCUGGGUACACUCGCGGGCGUCAACAAGGACGUUGCUCAGAACGAGCUUGAUCGAGUCACUGAGGAGCUCCGUCAGCUGGAGCCAGUCUUCGAAAAGUCCAAGAAGGCCCGCACCGAAGCCGACGAGAGCAUUGCAACGAGCAUCGAAGAGACCGCAAAUGACGUCUACGCUUUGACACGAAGCACCCUCACGGACUCAAUCUCGCGGAUAGCAGAAAGCGAUCUGGGCGUGGAAUACCCUGGACUUCUGGGCGCAUCCAGCUACGCCGAUGACAUCAAGGCUGCAAUGCUCAACCAAAUCACAGAGACGGUCAGGUGGUGCGAGGAGCGUGGCCGUGAGAAGACUGUACAAGGCGUCAGUGGUAUCAAGUCAUUAGGAUUUUUGCAUCUUGGCGAUCAGUACACGGACCUGACUUUCAGAUCGGAGAAGAUGUUCAAGAGCCGACGAGACGCGCUUGCCCGGCAAGUCGAUUUCGAUGCUGAGAUCUGGGACUUCUUCGACCUUGCAAAUAUCUGGGAGCGACAAGAGAAGCUUGCGGGCAGUAGUAUGGCCGUCACGCUAGCAGGUGUGGUCGGGACUAGGAUGAUCGGUGGUGCUGGCUGGCUCGAUGGUGCUCUGACUGCAACGAGAGUCGUGGGCACGAACAACCUGAGGAGAUUGUUCCUUCCAGGCUUGAUCCUGGCUGUGACAUUGGGUGUCUCGUAUGUCGUCUCACAGAUCCCUCAGUCACUUCCACGACGUCUGGCGACAAAGCUGUCCGCCCAGCUGGGCCAGAUCGACUACACACAUUCGAAUGCACAACGAGUCAGCUCAGAAGUGCGAAGAGCGCUCAAGUAUCCUGCGGACAAGCUUCGUGAGGGCUUACAGCGUAAUAUGGAGCAUCUUCAAGAGCAAAAGAAGGAGACCGACAAGGUCCGAGUCGAAAGCGAAGUCGCGAGGAAAUACUUCGGUAACCUCGUGCGUGAAAGCAACGACAUUCGCAGCAGAGUGCAGAGGGUUGACCUAGAAGGUCCUGCGCCUGGUAUUGCUGCCAGCUAUGAUAUGUAA